AUGAUUCGUGUGUCACGCCACUUCAGCACGUUCGGACAACCGUCAUGCUAUUUGUUGGGAUUUUGUGAUGCUUCGCAGCUUGGAUAUGACGCGAUCGUAUAUGUGCUGUCAGCUGAUUCAUCAGGUGUUCAACCUGCCGUUCUCGUCGGGUCUAAGACCAAGCUUGCUCCGAUGAAGCCAUUAACAAUACCACGACUGGAGCUGAACGCCGCACUGUUACUCGCCCGGUGGCUUGGGCGCAUCAAGCGAGUAUUGGAUCCUCAUAUCAAGAUUGUUGGGACUUACGGCUGGACCGACUCGAUGAUAGUCCUAUCCUGGUUAACGGUCCCUCAUACUUCAUUCAAGGUAUAUGUGUCCAAUCGUAUCCAUCAGAUCCGCACCAUAGUGCCUGAUUGUAAGUGGACCCAUAUUGAGUCGACAAACAAUCCUGCCGAUUCUGCGUCAAGAGGUGUGAUGCCUUCAGCACUCACGAAGUUAUCCCUCUAUUGGCAAGGUCCUGCGAUUCUUCGAGCCAAUCCAUCUACGUGGAUAAAUCUCGUAGCUCUCAUACCAUUGUGCAGCUUACCUGAAGUGUUACCAGUUUCUCUCACAACUCGAAUCGACCCGCACGACUGUCUAGAAGAAUGGUUCAACCGUUUUUCAUCAUAUGACCGCAUGAUUCGCGUCACCACCAUAAUGCUCCGUUUCAUCAACCGGUGCCGUCGUUGCGAUCUUGAACCACCUCCAACGAAGUGUCUGAGUCUGGUUGAGGUCGACUGUGCAACUCGCAGUAUUAUCAGAGAGUCUCAACGUAUUUACUUCUCUGACCUAUUACGUGAGCUAUCAAAUGGGACCAGAGUAUCAUCAAAGCCGUUGGCUCGUUUAACUCCGUUCGUCGACGAUGUUGGAAUCAUCCGAGUUGGUGGUCGCCUUCGUCAUUCCAACCUAUCGUACGAGUGUAAACACCCAAUGUUAAUAUUUCCAAGCGCUCUCAUCUAG